GCCGAAGCGCUGGCGGAGUUGUGGUUCUAGGAGGACUGCGGUAACCGCCAGUCGGUACGUAGCAGCCGGGCUUUCUGCUUAGGGAAGACGACUGGAGACACCGCCGCGCCUGUGCCUCCGGGAACAGGACUUCAGAUGCUGGUGUUGGUACGAAUCUUUCACAGGUAUUUCACUGCGUGCGCUUUCCCUCCUUCUCUGUUGGAAUAAAUGCAACAAGUAAGUCCGCUGUGGGAGUCGGCGUCACUUCCCCGGUUAAGGACGCGCGUUCCCCUUCUGUUCUUGAAAUUAAGCGGGGGCUCAUAAAACAUUAAGCCGGGGUACUAUUGACUUUGGGACCUAGGUACUUUUAAAAUUGUACUUAAUUAAAUUAGUAGUUGUAUCGGAAUGAGUUCGUCCUUUGAUGCUGGACUGAGCUGCGGAGUGUCGUUGCGUGAGUCAGUGACUCGGCUCGGCUCGGUUGGGUUCGGAUCAGCUCGCUUAGCCGGGCUGCUAAGAACCAGUCUGAUUUCACUGUCCGUGAAACGAUGGGGGAGAAGGGAAAUAACACGAUUCGGUUAGUUUUUGGUGUUGUCUGACCUAUCUCUGUGUCUGAAAGCUGUUGGGUGAAUUUAGAGAGUUAUGUAACGUAGUUAAAAUAUCUUAAAAUCGCCCAGUUCUUGCCGUUAAUGUUUCAUUAACCCCCCUCUAUAUGUGUAGAGUUUGGACUCUGGUUCUGGUGUCCAGCCUUUUCUUGCAAGCAGGUCAUUGCGAGAAUUAAACACAGGGUUGCCAACUUUGGUCAGCUGGCUAGAGUGAGAUUUUCGAGGCAAGUCUGCACACACAUUGACAUGCAUGUAAGAGUUUUAUUACGUUGUAAAUAGUACGUAGGGUUUGAAAACUGCCCCAACGCUUUUGAUGUAGCUAAUUUUAGGUUUAUCAUUGAAUGAUAUACAUUUGCCGUAAGAUUUCUUGGGUGAGAGUCUGUAACCGUGAUUGUCACGCCGGAUGUGUAAGAGCUGGCAACCCUUUAAACAUUGAUAUGUCUUAUUGAAAUAUGUAUCUGUAAUCCACUAUAUUUAUUGUAGAGCUGAAGUGGAGUUUACCUUUAAAGUAUGUUUCUAUAAUGUAAUGUAAUACUGUAUCCAACUGCUUACCCAGUUUCACACAGUGCUGUUUCAUAGUACCCAUUCACACUGUGUGGUCAUAUUUGAAUGCUGGUUAUUUCCAAGAAGGGGAUGAAUUUUACUAGAGUCAAAUGAACAUUGUUACAAUGGUUAGUUUUCCUGUUAUGCCCCGGGAAAGAAGUGUGAUGGGAAAGCAGGACAGGUGCUUCCUAGAGAGGUGUUGAAUUUUCGCACCUGGAGGGGGCUAUUCUCAGGUUGUCAAUAGGAACAAAGCCUAGUUUCACCUGCACUGACUUCCUUACCCAAGAUCUUCCUGAUGGGGAAUUGUACAGCUGAGUCAGGUCUGACAGGGACGUGCUGGUGACUCCACAUGGUAACGGCAUGUUGGAUGGAUGUUAGCAGAUUGCUGCAUGCUCUACACAGUAGCACCAAUGCUGACAAGGAGUCAGAAUGACUGUGUCAUGCACUGAUCGAGAAGGCAACAGACCUGGCCCGUGGAGGCUGGGUGGGAUCCAGCCUUUUGAAGUUUACAUAACCUGGAUUAACUCUGGUUUAUAGGGCUUCCGCUGUAGUUGGGGAUUAGCUCAAGUUUUGGGGCGACUCUACUGUUCUCCAAGGCUUCUAAACCCCCCUUUACCCAAUGGUGCUCGCUGCAGUGCAUUUUAAACUUCAUUACAGUAGGUCCAUAAGCAUGCCUCUAAUGUAGGAGCUUCUUUAUUCUGCAUUUACUGAACUUCUCAAGAAAAAAAUGCAAAUUACAAAAAAUACUGUGUCCCAGGUUACGACUGAAAAAAGAUUAGAGUAAAUAUAGCCAAUACCAAUUCAAGAAAUAUAUCCUAGGCAAAUUAAAGAAGAUUGUUGGGCAAAUCCAUAGUUUCUCUGAUGUUUUGAGUUUAGUUAGCAAGGUGUGAUAUUGAUGGGUGAUGGGUGAUGAAUGAUGACGUAUCUUUCUUUGGGUGUGGUCAGGGAGUGGUGUCUGGGCAGGAUUGAAGAAAACAAAUGGUAAACAAGAGUAAACAUGCAAACACACAUACAUACAUACACACACACACACAAACAGGCAUGGGAGCUAUGUUCCUUGUCAUGCUGCAGGCUGACACUGUCCUGUUUGAGGCAGUUGGGCGUACACCUGAUCCUCUUAAGUGAUUGUUGUGCGCAGCUUAAGAUGGGCUGGAACAGGGAAAUUUGUGAGUUUUAAUUAAUUUUUAAUUGGUAGUGUAAUUUAAGCUAUGUGUGAAGUACAAAUAAACAAUGAUUCAGAAAGUAUUAACGUCAUAAAUCUCACACCCACAUUGCAUGAACAUCCAAGGUGCUGGGACCAGUUUGGUUUAGCUGAAGCAUGUGAGGUUCCUGCAGCUCUCUCUCCUGCGACUUUGAGGGGCUUCGGCAUCUAGAAGGUCAGAGAUGAUAUCCUUGUAGUUUGUCCUGUCUGCUUCGUGACGCCUAACGUUCAGAUCUGUGUUGAGCUGAAGCUUCCAGCCAUGGUCGUUCUGUGGCACAGCAGUGUCCCGUUCUGGGUAGGACACAGAGCGCACACACUUCUUUGUGGCACUGCUUUGCCUCGCUGUGCUUUGACCUUCAGCUGAGAGCAGGGUCCUUCUCCAGUACAGUGGCUGCCUCUGCCACCCCAUGGGCCCAGUGGAUGCUGAGCAUUCCUCUGGCUGGUGACCCUGUGUGCUGCAUUGUUCUCUCAACUGCAUGUAGCCAUUUGCCCUUCGCCUUCAUCUUGGCAUUUCGCGGCCAAGCCCUUGUAUCUCUGUAAAGUAUUUUGGGUUCUCUUGGGGGUGGAAUGGGCAGCGGGCACUGAAUUUUUAGGGGUGGGGGGGGGGGGGCGAGGAGAAGCUAAAAGGUCUUGUUCCUUUGGGUGCUGGCCCAUGUUAGGGACAAUUGCAACAUUGUGCCCCCCCCCCCACACACACACACACACACACACACACACACUCAUUUCUGGACCUGUGGGAACGUUGGAAGUGACGGGUGUCUCUUUUGCAGAAGGAAGUGCAUUUCUUCACAUUGCAGUGAUGGCCGUUCAGGCUGGACUUCAGAUGUGCCUUGGGGAACAGUUCACAGCCCAGCUGCAGAACCCUCAGUCCCCUCUGACCUCACGUCAUGGCCCUGGCCUUGCCGAUGUUUCUCAGUAUGACCAGUGGCUGCUCGUGAGGCACGAGGCCACACUGCUGCCCAUGCAGGAGGAUUUGGCUCUCUGGCUCUCUGGCAUGCUCGGAGAGGAGGUAAGAACUGAGCGCUUCAUGGAGGACCUGGGCAAUGGCGUCCGGCUCUGCCGGCUAGUGUCAGUGCUACAGGACAAGAUCCGUGAGAGCUGCCGCUCGGACAAGUGGCAGCACAUUCCCAUGCAGAAGCUUGUGUGCAAGAAGGACGCCUCGCCAGGUUCUUUCUUUGCCCGAGACAACGCCGCCAACUUCCUGCGCUGGUGCCGGGCCAUCGGGGUGGAGGACACCUACCUGUUUGAGUCGGAAGGCUUGGUUCUGCAUAAGGACCCUCGGCAGGUCUGCCUCUGCCUGCUGGAGAUCGGCAGGAUCGUGUCUACGUACGGCGUGGAGCCCCCGGUCCUGGUGAAGUUUGAGAAGGAGAUCGAGCUGGAGGAGUCGCUCCUUUUGGCGAGUGAUCCGGCUCCCGCGGUGAAAACCUUCACCGUGUGCUGCCGGCACGGAGGGCUGUACCAAGCGGUCCAGGACAUGUCGGAUGACCCUCCCUGUGACUGCGCCAAUCGGGUCUCCAUCGAGUACCUGUCAGAGGGCCGCUAUCGCCUGGGCGACAAGAUCCUGUUCAUCAGGAUGCUGCACGGAAAGCAUGUGAUGGUGCGCGUGGGGGGUGGCUGGGACACGCUGCAGGGCUUCCUGCUCAAGUACGACCCGCUCAGAGUACUGGAGUUCACUACACUGGAGCAGAAGAUCCAAGCUUUCCAGAAGAAUCUGUCGGGCGUGCCCAUCGCUGUCCCUCCUGCCAGCAAAACCCCCCAGCUGCCCAGCAUGAACCCUCUCUCAGCAGUCAGUCUCACUGAGUCGUCAACAAAGCCUGGGACCCAUGUGACUGCAGCUUCCCCAGCCCUGUCCCAGAGGGCAGCAACCCCACAACCUGCCACCACUCAAUCCUUGUCAAAAAGAACAGCAAACCCAUGCCCUGCCACAACUCAAACCCUCUCCAAAAGAACUGUAACCCCAUCCCCUGCCACAACUCAGACCCUUUCCAAAAGGACCAUAACCCCAUGCCCUGCCACAACUCAAACCCUCUCCAAAAGAACUGUAACCCCAUCCCCUGCCACAACUCAGACCCUUUCCAAAAGGACCAUAACCCCAUGCCCUGCCACAACUCAAACCCUCUCCAAAAGGACCAUAACCCCAUCCCCUGCCACAACUCAGACCCUCUCCAAAAGGACUAUAACCCCAUGCCCUGCCACGACUCAGACCGUUUCAAAGAGGACCGUAACCCCAUCCUUUGCUACCAUCCAAACCCUGUCCAAACGGACUGUAACCCCUUCCUUUGCCACUACUCAAGCCUUGUCACAAAGGACCGUAAACCCCUCCCCUUCUGCUACCCAAAGCCUGUCCAAAAGGGCUGCAACUCCAUCAUCUGCUACCGGCCAAAUCCUAUCCAGGAAGGGUGCGCCAGUUUGUCCUGCCAGCACCCCAGUCUUGCCUAGGAAACUUUUUGCCCCUAGGAAGGCUUUGCAGCUAGUCUCUCCAGCCCCUCCCCAAUCCCAAAAUGGAACCUCCAGUGACGCCAGCCAGCCCUCCCAGUCUCCCUCCUGGGCACCUCCACCCAGUCCUGGAGGUUCAAGUUGCAGUGUCCCAUCCCAGCUGCAGAGCCCAGUCAGUUCUGAGCCCGCAUGUAAAUACCCCUGCCUGCCGACUGUGGACCUACCCCAUGGCGCUCCUGUGAGACGCCCACCCUUCACACUGGUGGAGGAAGGCCAGCGGAACAUGAGAGCUGGGGUUAGGCAGCGGGGAGAGCGCCCCCCAGGGGCCGCCGCGGUUAGGCAGCGGGGAGAGCGCCCCCCAGGGGCUGCCGUGGUUAGGCAGCGGGGGGAAUGCCCCCCAGGGGCCGCCGCGGUUAGGCAGCGGGGAGAGCGCCCCCCAGGGGCCGCCGCGGUUAGGCAGCGGGGAGAGCGCCCCCCAGGGGCCGCCGUGGUUAGGCAGCGGGGAGAACACCACCAGUUAGUCCCCCCAAAACACUCUCAAAGGCCCAUUACUUCUCAGUGUCGUGUGAACAACCAUUUGGUGAGAGGAGUAUGCCAGGUCCCUCCCCCACUGUCCACUCAGGGGGCUUGUCAACCAGGCUCCUCCACUCUGAAGGCACCAUCCCACCCAGCCCGUGCCCCAACCUGUGCAGCUAAGGCUGUGCAGCGCAGCACAAGGACACAGGCCUUUAAGAGCCAGACGGGACCCAAAUCGUCUGCUCCAUCUAAAGGCUACAGCCACCCUACCAAAACACAGCCCUCUGUCAGAACCAUUUCGGAAAACGCUUUACUCGUCACGUCUGGGCUGGUCCCAGAUGUCACCCACAGCACAGUGUCUGCUAUGAAGAGGACGGCCACACCCGUAGAUAAGGCCAGGCCAAGGCAAGCCCAGGCUAAUCAAAACGAGCCUCAGGACUUGCACAUAAACCAUGUUUCCUUGGUUACAGCCCUUCCCUCCACCAAAAAAGUGCUGCUUCCUUCCAACAGGGCUGGGUCGGUCUCCAGGAGAGGGCCUGAGCCUAGGAACAAAAAAGAGGACCUUUAUUUUGUGAUGAAUUGUAAAAGGGGACAGGAAUUAUGCUGAGACGGAUGAUGCUGCCAGGUGCUGUGGGAUAUAUCAAGCAUUUAAGAAUUCAUCUGGCGCCCUCAAGUGGCGUGCAGCCAAUUUUUAGUUAAUUUUUUUUUAGUGUAUAGGUCUUUCAGUUUUGUUUCUUUUCUUUUGGUUAGAAUGUUACUUUGUUUGACAUGGUCCUGAAGAGGUUCGUCCAACAAUGUCAAUAACUUGCUGCUUUGCUAUGCUGGACGGGAUAUCCUUUUUUCUUUUUAAUUGUAAAAUGAGGUUUCAUUUGUUUUAUGUCACCUUUCACACACAGAAGUUCAGCAACUAAGCUCUGUUUUGUGUCAAGUGUGUCUCCGUGUUUUUUCAAUGUGUUCCCGACGACCUGGGUUAGCAUUAUGCUAAUCUUGUUGAAGUCUUCAAUCGGGUUCUUUGUAAGAGACUGGUACCUUCUCGCCAAAGCUGGUUAAAGUUAGAGAAUGGAUUUCUGCAUUGAUUACGGUUAAUGUUGCAAACUACUGAGAAAUAAGCCAAUAGAGAUUAAUCCAAAUGUGUGUAUUUGUCGGCUGUUUGUGUGUUGACACACAGGCAUUGAGUGUUAGCCCUGUUCCUGAGGCUUUUUAUUACGUCAUGCUUUCUGCUCAGUACAUCUGUGAGAAGCAGGAAUCACGCAGCUGUUAAUUUUUAUAUCUGUGCAACAUAUGGGCUUAAUGAAAUUUAAAGAAUGCUAUUUGAUCCUGCUCUCAGCAUGACAAAUCACAGUUUAUUUUAAGUUUUGGCCUUUUAAAACCAUAUUCCAUGAACGUGAAGUGGAUAUUUUGUGCCUUAAUAUUGAACAAAAACUACGAUGAACUUUUAAUAUAAUUCUACCAGCCUUUUAUUUGUCUUUCUUGCACCUGGAAUUUCAGCUCAAACAAUCAUGGUCCAUUUAUUUUCUUCAUGUAUAAAGGAGUAUUACCAUAAAUAAAGCGGAGCAUAAACAACUGUUGAUUCUUUAAUAUUGAGUAUAUGAAUUAAGAUUUUAUUUAUAGAGUAAAAUUUACUUGAUUUUUUUUGAAAGGCCGUUCAACCCUCUAUUUGUGUAAUUAUGGUUUCUGGUUAAACACUGUUCUCACUGUCCUUUUGUCUGUGUGUUUUUGUCUUUCGAAAGCACUUUGAAAUUCCUGUAAUUCUUUUUAUGUGUGGAUAUUUUCAUACUCAUGAAUGCCUACAGUAUUCCUGAUCUUGGAAAAUAAAAUUUCUAAAAUUGUGCCCCCAUUAAAGUUCUUACUGUUGUCUCUGAAGUUGGGCUUUGCCGUGGUUAUCUGUAGAUUGAUGCUUUUUGGAAGUUAAGCAAGCAAACUGGGAGAUGGUCUGGUCCCUGCUGUUGGGGGAAAAUGGAGGUUCUUUAUAAUCUGCUUCCACAAUGUAUGCUGGAAGGAUAUGUGUAUGUUAGGCGUGUACAUGAAAUGAAUUGCUUUUGGUGACCGAA